AAUCUGUCACACAAUGUCAUGCCUCUACACCAAGACUGCACCUUAGUAGUCUUAGUAUCGUUUAUCAGUACCCCGCUCUCUCUUGCGUUCUGCUUUUUACGUUUACAGUUUUGUCUUCUGUCCGACACCGAAAAUUGGUUUUCAUUUCCAGUUUCCUGCAUUUCCAUUUUCUAUUUGCAUUUUCAGGUCUCAGUGCUUGCCUACAAGGUCAGGGACCAUGAUGGCGUUUCCUGCUUUUCGAAAAAGGACUUAGCACCUGAAGUCUUGUGCGGUCUCAAUACAGCAUGGGGUUAGAUUUAAGACUUGAAGUCAGCAUGUCUUUGAAAUGUGGGCAUCUCUUCACACUGCUCUUCUUCAUUGUGUCCGUCACAGGAAUUCAAGACCGAAGCAGGCUAAAUCCAUCAGAGACCCUUCACACUAUCAGCUUAACAAACCUGCCAAACCCACCAAAGCAGAAUUCAGGGAUCAGGACUAUAUUUGAAAUGGAAAAGCAUCGCAUCAAGAGGUCAGACUUCUUCCACUCAGAGGUGAAAGUAUGUCCGCAGGAGACGAUGAGGGAAGUCAUAGCAAGCCACCAAACAUACUACACACUGAGAGUUUGCCAGGAGGCUGUAUGGGAGGCUUUCCGGAUCUUUCUGGACAGAAUUCCCAGCAGCUCAGAGUACCAGAAAUGGGUCCACAAAUGCCAGCAUGACUCUAUGUGCAUCUCAGAUCUCGCCAUGGAUUUCAGCAAUUCACAGGAACACAUAGACAUGGUCUACAGGAGGGUGAAUAUGAAUAGUGAAAAAUUAGAACGAAAUAUGACUGAAGAGCCAACAACUGAUGGAGCACCAAGAACGGAAGGAUCAGAAGAAGUCCCGACUGAAGCAGCAGUAGAAGAAUUUGUUCCCCCAGAUCUGUCUAGUACUGUCAGUACUACAACAGACACAUCUUCUGCCUCACAGGAGUUGGAUCUUCACAAUGUGGUUGCUGAGCAGCCAGUACAUCGGGUCAUAGAGUUCAGUGUUAUACUGAUGGACUAUGGGUAUCAGGAGAUACUGAGAGACACCGAUUCACCUCAGUACCAUGACCUGUCAAGGCAUCUUCAGGAUCAGAUGCAACAUGCUUUUAAUGACCUACCUGGAUUUAUGGAUGUCCAAGUGUUAAGUAUUAGUGAGGCAGAAGCACCUAAAGGAGCUGGAGGACUAUCUGCAGUUUACUCAGCUGUAUUUGAGACUACCAUACCUUCCAGUGCUGAUGGAAAUCUGGACAUUGGCACGGCUGUUUCAUCUACAGGACCAAGUCUGAAGGAUAUGAUAGUUAAAGCACUGAGCAAAAAGGCAUCUCUUCUUGAUCUUAAUUCACUGACCUUUGAGACAGGCAAAGACCAGUCUUCAACGAGAAUGCCUGUGACUGUUUCUGAAGACAUUAUGACUGAGUCCUUUGAUCAAGAUUCAUAUGGUGACCUCAGUUUUCCAACAAAAGGACCAAAGAUUGAAGUUCAUAUUUCAUCAGAUGAUGAUGAGACCAUUGUAGACCCAACUUUGGACACAGACAGCACCACGUCAACAACAAAAUCAGAAUCAGAAACAGUUGAGCCUGAGAGUGACGCAGUCAUUAUACACCAGCUUAAAACUAUUCAAGGGGAAACUGGUGAACUCAUAACAGAGAUUUUUCAAGUUCCACCAGUAGAGGAAGCUCCUAGUGAGGAUGACAGCAAGCCAGUUGUUAUUGCUGAAAAAGACAACAAUUCAACUCCAACAUCUUCAGCUGCUGCCUCAGCAUUACCCCCGAGUGAAGAACAGCCUAGGACUACAGAGAAACCUACACCAGAUAGUGACUUCAGUCUAAACACGAUACCAGAAGAUGACAUCCCAUUUCACCCGUUAACCACCGCCCACAUUUUGUUCACCACUGCAACAACCGUUAGUCCUAGGUCUGAACAACCAAAGUUGGCUGUCACAACUGACUUUAGCAUCACCCUGCAACCUUCAACUGAACCAAUUGAUCCAAUAACUGAAGUGACAGAUUCUAAUGAAAUUCCAGAGGUGCCUCAACCAGUGGACACUGGAACGGUAGUAAAGGAAGAAGAGACCAAAGUGGUGAUGCCUGAACCAGACGAAGAGACCAAGUCUGAGGUUGAUUUACCCAAGGUAAAGGUUGUGACAACAGAAACUGUAAAAGUAUCUGGACCUGAGAAAGCUACCAAUGUAACUGGAGAUGCUUUCGUUUUAGAAAACCAGGUAUUACGACCUGAAGAAGUAGAUGCUGUCGUUUUAGAAGACCAGGUAUUACGACCUGAAGAAGUAGAUGCUGUCGUUUUAGAAGACCAGGUAUUACGACCUGAAGAAGUAGAUGCUGUCGUUUUAGAAGACCAGGUAUUACGACCUGAAGAAGUAGAUGCUGUCGUUUUAGAAGACCAGGUAUUACAGCCUGAAGAAGUGACUGUAGUAACAGAAAUGCAUGCUGAGUAUGGCACAUUAGAGCCUGUGGGAACAGUUGUGCUACCAGAACCAGAGGAUGAGAUUGAAACAUCAACUAACCAGGAUGAAGUAGCAGAACCAGAGGAAAAAGCUUUAGAGCCAGAUCCAGAGGUCAUUAUAGAAUCGAAAGAAGAUGUUGAGGAGCAUAAAACUGAUGAGAUUAAAGUGAAACAAGUGGAUGACGUUCAGGCAACCAGGAGGCCAGAAACUGAGACAGGACAACCUAAGGAGGAACUUCAUUUAACAGAAAAGGGUGAGGUGGUGAAACCUGAAAGAGAAGCUGAUGAAUCAGAACCUGCUGAAGUUGCAGAAUAUGAAGGCAGCGUCGAAACUGAACAGCCCGCUGUGGAGAUCGCGAGUGAGGUCCCCAAAACCACUGAAGGUUCAACCAAACCUCCUGCAGAGAUGAUUAAGAUUAAACCACCUGAGAUUUCUGUCACAGAAACUUACCUUGUUGAGAAUGUUGACAAUUACCAACCCAAAGAAGGUGCUAAUUUGCCUUUUGUGCCAGUUGACAGGGUUCAACCAGGCACAGACAUUGGUAAACCUGAACAUGUGGAAGACUUUGGGGUGGAGGAUCAACUCUUCAAACCGGAGGUUAUUGAGGGAGUUUUUGAGAUACCAGAUCUGGUUACAGAGGGAAAAACCCUAAGACCAGAAGUGUCUGAUGUUCUCAUUACUGUAUCAAGUGCCUUAGAAUCUCUACCUGAAAUGAUCACAGAAUCAGCUUCGAAGAAAGAUAAGGACUUACCAUCUGUUGUUGGGGAUACUAAGGAGCCACAGUUUGAAGAGAUGGAGGAAGACCAAGAAGAAGAGACUGCAUCACAACCCACGGAGACACUCGCAACUGAUCUACCUUUGACAACACUUUUUGAAGUAGUGCUAACAGAUGAAUCGGUUGUUACGCCAACCCCUUUGGAAAAGGAUUAUGAUUCACCAACUGAAAAAGUACAAUCAACUGUUGCCCAGGAGUUACCAUCUGUUGUUGGAGAUACCGAGGAGCCAAAGCUCACAGAGAUGGAGGAAGACACUCCAACAGAAGAUCUCCUUGUAGAACAAGAAGAAGAGACUGCAUCACAACCCAUGGAGACACUCGCAACUGAUCUACCUUUGACAACUUCACCUGCAGACCUUAACAGUUUUGAAGUAGUGCUAUCAGAUGUAUCGGUCGUUACGCCAACCCCUUUAGAAAAGCAUUAUGAUUCACCAACUGAAAAAAUACAAUCAACUGUUGCCCAGGAUGUUGAUUUUACGAAGACAGAAAAUGGCAAAAUGCUGAAUGUGGAAACUCAGGAAGAUGUUCUAACAGAUGCAUCAGUCGUUACUCCAGUAUUUUUGGAAAAGGAUUAUGAUUCACAGACCGAAAAAGCACAACCAACUGUUGCCCAGGAUGUUAUAUUUGAGUCAGAAAAUGACCAAGUGCUGGAUGUGGAAACUGAAGACCCAUUUAUUCAUUUAAAAGAGUUAGACCAAAUAGAUGUAGUAAGUACUGAGACCAUUGAUCUCUUGAGUUAUCACAAUGGAUAUUCUUUCCCAAAUGAAGGAUAUCCCUUGGAGACAACAAGAGCGCCAUCACUAAAGUAUUUCACAACUCCUUCUAUGACCACAGCUAACAAAGGCAAAGAACUAGUAGUGUUUUUCAGUUUGCGUGUCACAAACAUGCUGUUCUCUGAAGAUCUUUUCAAUAAGAGCUCUGCAGAAUACCGAUCGUUGGAAAACACAUUUGUUGAACUGCUACUCCCAUAUCUACAGUCUAACCUAACAGGCUUUAAGAAGUUAGAGAUCCUAAACUUCAGAAACGGAAGUGUGGUGGUCAAUAGCAAGGCAAAAUUUGCCAAGUCUGUGCCGUACAACAUUACUCAGGCUGUCCAGCACGUCUUGGAGGAGUUUUGUAAUGCUGCAGCCCAGCAUUUGGACAUAACGGUUGACAGCCAUUCCCUAGACAUAGGACCAGCUGAUCAAGGUGACCCUUGCAAGUUUCUUGCCUGCAACGAGUUUUCCAAAUGCGUGGUAAACCUCUGGACAAAGGAAGCACAAUGUUUAUGUGACCCAGGCUACGUGACGGUGGAUGGACUGCCAUGUCGGAGCCUCUGUGUGGUCCAGCCUGACUUCUGUCUCAAUGGAGGAGAGUGUGAGAUUGUACCAGGGCACGGUGCCGCUUGCAGAUGUCCUGUAGGUAAAUUCUGGCAAUUUAUCGGGGAGAGAUGUGCAGAGCUGGUCUCCGUGACACUAGACCCCUUUCUUUCCCUAGUGUGCCUCGUGGGCGCGCUCACCUUUCUUUAUGCCAUCACUUCUCUCUUGUUAUACAUGUUCAGGAAAUGUGUACGGACCAGAAAGAAACUAACUCUAGUAGGCAGAGACCAGACCACCGUACCAGGCCUGACGAGUUAAUCACAGAAGAUUUACACAUUAUAAUCACUGUCACUGAGAGGUGGGACGUCCGAUGGUGCUUAUCCAGCCAUUAAAAGACGUUUGAAAAGACUUCCCAUGAUCCCACAACCCCCAAAGGCAGUAGAAUGAGUGGCCAAACAUCCUGAACAGAUGGAGAGCCAAGCUGAAUGGUUAUGUAACCUGUCGUUCUCAUGAGAACAUCAAGAAAUGAGCUGGUUGAAUGUUUUCACCUGGCAGAAAGCAUUAUGGGUUUUCUCACAAUGAGGGAAUUAUUCUUCUGUUUGAUCAUAAUGAAUACACAC